AGGGUUUGCCUUCAAACGGACACUAAACUCAUAUCUCUGACAAGGUCUUUACAAGAAAUGUACAGAUUAGCGACCGGCCUGCCGAUCACAGAUGAUGGGUUGCCGGGUACUCUGUGUGUCGAGUGUGUGGCCGUGUUGCGUAGGAGCGAGGAGUUUAGACGCAAGAGUGAGAAGGCAUAUCGACUGAUGAAGGAAAUGGCUGAUGGUGGUGCGCUAACAUUAAAAAGGAUACAGCAAAUUGACCGCAUCCAAAACAAUUUGAACUCAAGACUGAAUAAAAAACUCAUCCAAAUCGACACGUUUGACAAAGAAUAUGUUUUCGAAGAAAACAAACCAGAAAUAAAUACCACAGAUAAACAAGACAAUAAAAUUAAACUAGAAGUUGAAGUUUUCAGUGAUAAUGACAAUGCUAGUGAUGAAGAAUACAUACCACCGACUGAUUCAGCCGACCCCAUAGAUAUAAACAUAGAUUCGGACGAUUCUGACAAACCAAUAGAAGAAUUAAAAACCAGAAAAGCCGUCAAAAGAAAAACAGCCACUAAAAAAGACGUUACAAAACCUAAAAUCGCUAAAAAGGCGAAAGUCAAAAGCAUUAAGGAAACUAAAGUAAAGAAAGUGAAAACUGAAAAAGUCAAAACAGAAGUACAAAAGAAAAUGGAGGAAUACUUUAACGUGACGAUAUUUAAAACCAUAGAGGAGAAAGUCAAGGAGUUGCAACGAAGAAAGGAGAAUACUACGUACAUAAACGCUCCGUUGAAAUGCGAGUUUUGUUUCCAAGGGUACCUGGACAAUGAAACCUAUGACUUGCAUAUGAUGAAGCAUGCUGAUAACUACGGUCCAUUUCUCUGCGUGGUGUGCCGCUACCGCUGCCCGACGGCGGGGCGGCUGCGCCAGCACCUGUACUUCCGCCACUCGAGGAAGUUCACCUGCCGCGUGUGCCGCUUCGAGUCGCACGACAAAUAUCGCGCUACCCUGCACAUGCAAUUUCAUGAAGGCAAAACUUACAUUUGUAAAUACUGCUCCAAGGUUUUCAAUCACAUAGUGAACCUGCACAACCACUUACGCGCUAAACACCCGUCCGACAACGUGUGUCCUCUGUGCGGGUACUCUUACAUCGGAGAGAGAGGCCUGAAGACUCACACCAGCCUCACGCAUGGGCAUAACAUUGCUACGAUACCAGACGACGCCCCGUCCUGCUCGGAGUGCAACGUGCGGUUCGCGUCGGAGGAGGCGCUCCGGAACCACCUCAACGUGAGCUCGCGCCACGGCAGGACCGAGGAGAACUUCAAACGCCGCAACUACCACCAGCUACACCGCUCCAUCAAGGCUGACAAUGACAAUAGCAAGAAGAGCGAGCGAGACGGCAAGCCCGCGCGGAAGCGAGACGGCAUCAGGCUGGAGAAGCGAGAGAUCAGGCUGACCAAGUUCGAUGAACCCGUGCCGUGUGAGAAGUGCGGCCUGAGCAUCCCCUCGGCCAAAGAGUACCACUACCACUUCCUGCGCGCGCACCCCAACGAGAAGCGAACUUGGUACCCCACCGACACGCACCCCUACCUGUGCGACGUGUGCGGCAAGAUGCUCAGGAACAACGCGCUCAAGGACCACAUGCUGGAACACGUGGAGAACGCCUCGUUCGCGUGCCCCACGUGCGGGAAGCGCUUCGGCAAGCGCUUCAACAUGCGCCUGCACGCGCGCGCGCAUCGCGGGGACAAAUACCCGUGCCUGGUGUGUGGGAAGCUGUUCAACCACAUGGGCAACAGAGACAGACAUUUAAAAUAUGUGCACACAGAAACUAAAGACUUUAAGUGCGAAUUCUGCGGCAAAUGCUUCAAGAACGACGGCGCGCGCAAACUACAUACCAGCCAUGUCCAUCUGAGGAAACCUUACCCCAAGCGAAACAGGAAUAGAGAGGGACAGACAGAUAGACGACGCUUGAAGGAGAGGGAGACAGAAGAUAGUGAUAGUGUGUAUCCGUUCCCACCUACCGACGGACCCAACAUUACUAGCUUCGGGAAUGCUAAUCUUAAUUAA